AGGAGGUGCCACGGGGCCGCGUCUCCACCUACGGCGACGUGGCGAAGGCUCUGGGUUGCCCCGCGCACAGCAGGCACGUCGGGCGGGCGCUGGGUCUGCUGCCGGAGGGCGCCGAGCUUCGUCGCAGGGCUGUGCCUUGGUGGAGGGUCGUCAACGGUGCUGGCGUGAUCCGCACCGGCGGGGGCGACCAGCAGCGUCUCUUAGAGGCAGAGGGCGUUCGUCUCACGGCGGGCAGGCCGGCUCGGAUCCUCUGUCUGGCCGAGGCGCGUUGGGAGCACGCCGACGUGGUCGAGCUCGAUGAGGGAUGAUGCGUGCUAUGCGGCGGAGUUGGCCCAGCUCGCAACAGGGAGAUGGCUUACGGCGUCCUCGCAGACGUGAUCGGCGACGUGGUCGGCAGGCAUCGGUUCGGUGCGGCUUCGCGUAGCACUCGUGCCGCGGGCAGCGUCUCGGAUCGACUCUCUGCAUGUCAUUCGGUGCACGGUGGAGCCGAAUGAGUCGGUUCAGCGAGGCUUGGGCUUGAAGGCGUUUGUGGUGCGCCACCGUGUUGGACCCGAAAAUUGCACAACGGCAGUUACUGUUGAUAUCACUGCGCCUGAAACACAGUACUGGUAGUCGUUGUCAUUAAUAUUAGCCUGCUCUGCCCUAACACGCUUCAGCCUAACAGUCGUUCGUCGGCUGCUUGCUGCUAUUGCGCG